CGUCACGUGUCCUCAUCGACGUCACCCGCUGUUAGAGCAGAGAGAUUUUAAAGAUGGCGACGACAGGUUCACUGCAGCUCCGCCGCAUCUCUGCGUGUUUGGCCGUUUUUCUCGGUUUAUUAAACAUAUUAAAGACGGGGAGUUGCGAUGAACAGGUGCCGCUUAUUCUGUGGACAAGCGAAGGGAUCUCCCUGCCGAGUCAGUCCCCUCCUACAGCGGGACACAUCGUUGGGCAGCAGCAGCUGACCUCGUACCUGGAGAAAGCUCUCAAUGUGGGCCCAAGAAAUGUAGUGCUCUUCCUUCAGGACAAGAUGAGCAUAGAAGACUUCACCAUGUAUGGAGGGGCUUUUGGAAACAAGCAGGACACUGCUUUCCCCAACCUGGAGGGCGCUCUGAUGUCCUCGUCCUCCCCUCUGGUGUUACCUGCGGUUUCCUGGCCUGCCUCCAACGCAGUGAUUGGCCAACUGCAGGACCAAUUAGAUACCUCCCCUCUGUACAUGGACCCUGAGACACUGAGUCAGCUGAAGCUCAACGGCUCUUCACCCGCCCUGCUGGUGUUCAGGCUGCCAUACGGCAUCGGGUCUGAUCUGAUGUCUGCGAAGGAGAUUCUCAGUGGAAACGAUGAGGUGAUUGGUCAGGUGUUGAGCACCAUGAAGACCCAGUCUGUCCCAUACACGGCCAUCUACACAGCCCUGCAGCCCUCCAGGGAGGCGGCGUCUCUCUCAAUGGAGGCAGGCCUGGGUGGAGGACGCUCUCUCCUGCAGGCCAGAGGUGGAUAUCGGGAGAGGGAGAUGGAACGGGAGAGGCAGCGCAGGAUCAAGGAGAAGGCUGGGAUCUACGCUCCAGUGGAGUUUAAGGAGGGGGAAGACACCUGUAUCCUCCUCUGGGCAAAAGGCCUCACAGUGAGCAUCCUGCGGAACAGUGUCUGGGAGGUCCAUGACCUGACCCCGUCUACCUUUGGGGAGGGCGUCAGCCCGAUACUCCAUGGCUCAAGCUGCGACAAAUCCAAAGCGAGGUUGGUUCUUAAUUAUGAGAAUGUCCUCGGCCACCGCAGCUUCAAACUGAUCUUUGCUAUGAGCCAGCGUCUCUACAAGGUGUCUGCACGCCGCUGGUUCACACUGGACGUCGUGGAGCUGGAGUACGACGGGACCAAAGCCACAUUUAACGGGAGCAGAAACGUUUAUGCCCCCGCUGAGUACUCGUACCGCUGCGAGUCCGUCACCAACUUCCGUUGGCCCCUGCUCACCCCACGCACAUCUAAAGAUCCAGCCAAUCAGUGGAGGGUCUUCUUUGAUGACUUUCAGAUCCAGGGCUUUAACGUGACCGGCAGUAACUUCGCGUAUGCCAGCGACUGUGCAGGCUUCUUCUCUCCUGGUAUCUGGAUGGGUCUGAUGACCAGUCUUCUCAUGGUCCUGGUGCUCACCUACGGCCUCCACAUGAUCAUGCAGCUCCGCACUAUGGACCGUUUUGAUGACCCCAAGGGCCCGGCUAUUUCCGUGCCCCUAACAGAGUAACACACGACUUCACUUUCCAUUUUUCUGGCCCUCCAAUGCUUCUCUUAGUGCAAUGCUUCCACUCCCACUCCCACCCUUUACAUUCCACUCCCUGUUCACCUGUAUUUGGGCAUUAUGCAGAUUAAUUAGUGGUGUUGUCAUAAUAAGGGUUUAGUUAUCACUACAUAGGUGUCGGUUUGUACUUAAAAAUGUGCAUCCUGAGACUGACGAAUCUAGUUUUCAGGUCGCCCCGGUUUGUGCUUCUCAUGUGUUAGCGUAACAUUUGAGUCACAGUGGGAAACAUUCAUUAGCCAGAAAGUGAUUUAACAAUACUAAAGAAACAAUGAAGGUAUUAACAGAAUCCUCAAAGACUCUUCUAACCUAAAAUAUUUGUCUGAUACACAGAGAUUUUUUACUUGUCUCCAAAGUUGUGUUUUCUAUUAAAAACAAAGAUAGUAGCCUGAAAUAUAAACGUAAUUGUUAUUUAAAAAAUAUUGAUUAUAGCCUCUUGAAUCAACAUCAAUGUGAAAGGAAACAGUCACAACUUCAGAAACGAUUUAAAAAUCUGCUAUUGUGCAGCAAACUCAAUGUUUUUGGAACCCAGAUGGUUAGAAGAGUCUUUGAGGCUUCUGGAAAUACAUUUGGAAUAAUGGUAAUACAAGAGAGACACAAACUGCAGCUAGUUUUAUUGUUUUUUUAAAUGAAAGGGAUACAAAUUGUACAUACAGGGACAAAAAUAACUUCAUGAAAAAUGAAUUAUGAAAUGCUAUUUAUUGGUGAAACUAAUUUGUGUGUGUGUUUACAAUUGUGUUUUGUGUCUGUGAAGUGAAAUGAAGGGAUUAUUUUCUGUAUGGAUGAUAGAUAAAUCAUAUCCAUUGCAUACAGUUCAGUGUGCUACAUUUGAAAUUCAGAGCAUUAAUGAUGCAGCAAACAACUAGUAGCUAUGUAAAGAUAUAGACUAGUAAUGUCUACCUGAGCAGAGAAUGAAGUGUCGUAAUCUGAGUUUCUCUGUGCUUCGUUUACAUAGCCGGUCCGACCGCGUGUGCAUGUUAGUGCGUGUUGCCCACCCUCCGGUUCCCUCCCAGGUAAACUUUUAGCUCUGUUAGCACCAUUACCUGCUGGUUGUCACCAUAAUGAGAGCCGUGUGGAGGCACUCCUUCAAUCAUAGAUAUGCUCUGAAUUUGAAAUGUAGCACCUUUAACUCCAAUAUUCUUGAAAAAAGGGACAUUCCAGGCAAUCUCUUGUUUUGUAGGGCAAUGUAAAACAUGAACGGACCACUAAAAUACAGCAUUAAAAGUCAGACAUUUCCAGUUGUUUGUGAAUAAUCUUAAUGGUUGUCUUAUCAAAACAUGAGCUCAUAUUACUAUAUUUAUUAUUCAAGUCAAGUUUUCCAGAACUGAUGUGCACUGAAAUAUGCUCAAUGUGAAAUUAUUAUUUUUGUGAUUUGUAGUGAAAAUCAAUGAUGUAAGGUCCUGAAUGUGGUCCUGUUUCGUCCUGCUGCUGUGACUCCAAUAAAACAUCUGGAAAUUAUCGACAUACUA